CAAACGAAUCUGCUUGGUUGUACAGCUUUUAAAAUUACCACCACCACCACCGAACAUCGGAGCCUCGAGCAGUCAACUUGAAUGUUAUCAGGUGGGAUCGAGAAAGAAACGCAACGGGGGACAUUGCGGAUAUUCCUUGUCCCAGAACCAUCUGAGAACAGUAACAGUCUCGAUCGAGAAAUGGAACACAACUAUUACGUUAGAUCAGAGAAAAUUUUUUAUGGUACUAAGAGAAUGGAAACGUCCAAUGAAAUCGAACUUAAUAAUGGCUUCCAAGAAGCAACGCUGUCUCAGAUAUUGGAAGGAUAUCCCUGGACUUGCAGUAUGUCUCUUGCGCAGUCCUAACAAAAUGGUGCACAAAAAAAUACCUAUUUUCCUGUGCAACAUUUCCAGGAGCGAACAUACCUGUUGGAAAAAUUACUUCAACAAUUAUAGGCGAAACGAUUUUCCAAUUAAAUAUCAUACCACGAUUAUUGGAAGAGUUUAUCAACGAUUGAAAGAUUGUGAAUUAAAAUGUAGUCUAAAGGAAAUGUCACAUUGCAAUGCAAUUUCAAAUAGUAUUAAAAAAUUGGGCAUCAUGCGAAGGAGAUUGAAUUAUGAUAUUGGACAAGGGUUCCUCUCAUCGCGUGAAAAACUAUUAUCCUCAGAAUGUUCGGAAGGGCAUAAUAUUGAAUUCAAUAGGAGUGUUCAACUAAAUAUGCUCGAAAUUUUGGAGUCGAGAGAAAUCAGGAUAUUUUCGUUGGAUCGAAAAGUUGCAGCAAUUUAGUCGGCAUGGAAAAGAUACGGUUUGUCAAGAAGGAAAUGAAGCUGAGUGGGAAGAGCCAUGGAAAUUUUGAUCAACCGGCCAAAACCCAAGAUGCCAAGUUCCCAAGUCAAUAUUCUAACGGAAAAACAUUUUGUCAAAUCUUUUACUUCAACGGCACGAGAAAAAACGGCGAUAAUGACAAAAAAAUGAAGUGAAGAUUUGAUGAAUAAAACAAGACUUGAUGAGUUAAA